UGCAUGGGGGCCUGAGAGAGUUGAGAGCUGCCGCCGACAGGCGCGCCGGACUGUGUCGAAUAUCGGGCGGACGGGAGUAUUCUCUUGCUUCUUCCUCGGAGGGAAACUCUGACGUAAAACCCACUCUUGAAUAAACGGUGCAAUUUCUCAUCCGUAUUCUGUCACUCACUCAGGCGCGCUGUGGACCGUCCUCUGGGGUCCUUUAGCGGGCCAAGAUGGCUGCCCCCGCACUGCAGGCAGCGCGCCGGUGGUCGGGGCUGGCCUUGGGAGUGAGGCUUGCUGUGUGGAACCUUCCAGGGAUAAUUCAGGUGAGGUGCAGCCGCUAUGCCCCUGAAUUCAGGGAUCCCUUGAUUGACAAGGAAUACUACCGCAAACCUGUGGCGGAACUCACCGAAGAGGAGAAAUAUGACCAAGAGCUCAAGAAAACCCAGCUCAUCAAAGCUGCUGCCGCAGCCGCGACCAGCUCGGUGUUUGCAGACCCUGUCAUCAGCAAAUUCACCAACAUGAUAAUGAAAGGCGGCAACAAAGUACUGGCCAGAUCCCUCAUGGCCCAGACUCUGGAAGCUGUGAAGAGGAAACAGUUUGAGAAGUACCGUGCUGCCUCUGCAGAGGAACAGGCCACCAUUGAACGUAACCCCUACAGGAUCUUCCACCAGGCACUGAAAAACUGUGAACCUGUGAUUGGGCUGAUGUCUAUCCUCAAAGGAGGCCAUUUCUACCAGGUCCCCGUACCUCUAACUGACCGCCGGCGCCGCUUCCUGGCCAUGAAGUGGAUGAUCACAGAGUGCCGAGAGAAUAAGCCACGGCGGACGCUGCUGCCGGAGAAGCUGUCAGAAGAGCUGCUGGAGGCUUUUCAUAACAGGGGUCCCGUGGUCAAGAGGAAGCACAACAUGCACAAGAUGGCGGAGGCCAACCGUGCCCUGGCCCACUACCGCUGGUGGUAGUGGGCACGGAGGGGUGGGAGACGUCACCUGAGGGGCUGGACAGAUGGCUGCUCUUCCAGAGGUCCAGAGUUCGAUUCCCAGCACCCACUUGGUGGCUCACUAACCUUCUGUAACUCUGGUUCCAGAGAAUUUGACAUCUUUUCUGACCAAUGUGGGCACCAGGAAUGUUCAUAGUACUCAGACAUACAUGCAGGGAAAAUGUCUGUACAUAUACUACUACUACUACUAAAGUAAUAAAUGACUUGAGUUACUGGAA